AUGCGAGUUUUCAAGGCAAAUGCUUUGCGUGUGGCCGACAUGGACACAAGAGAUCGCAGUGUCGUAACUGGGGCAAGUCGUCAUAUGACUGAUGACAAGCGUGAAUUUGUGGAAUACGAAGAUUUAAGUACCCCAAUUUACAUCACUGUGGCAAAUGGACAUCAGUUGAAGGCGCAAGGAACAGGCAAAGUUCGAUUUAUACUCGAAAAUGGUCGUACAGUCAAACUUACGGAGGUGUUGUAUGUGCCUGGGCUAGACAAGAAACUUGUGUCUGUAGCAGCGUUGACGUACCGAGGCGUGCUUGUUCAGUUCAAGCGUGAUCAAGCAGUUUUGAUAAGUGACGACGUGACUGUAGCAGUAAUUAAACGAGUGGGAAAGCUGUUUGCGUGGAAUGUAAAACAACAUAUCACGUUAGAGGCACACAAGGCUGAGAGCAAUGGUGCGAUAAAUGACACUAGUGGACUGUGGCAUGCUCGCCUCGUUCAUGUGUCUACGAAAAAGAUUAUGCAAGCGAUGAAGUCUUGCGAUGGUAUUUCGAGAGUUGUCGCAUCUGAUGGCGGUGUAUGUGAUGGAUGUGCACGCGGAAAAAUGACAAACAGCCCGUUCAGUCAUACUUCAGGAAGUGAAGUUAAAACAAGUCGACCACUUGAGGUUGUACACACCGAUCUUAUGGGACCUAUGAAUCCGAAGUCGAAAGGUGGGGCUCUAUAUGUACUCACAUUUAUCGAUGACUACAGUCGAUUUGUCUACGUAUAUUUGCUAGCAGCAAAGUCCCAAGUUUUUGAGCGAUUUAAGGCGUUUCGUGCUGUGGUGGAGAAGCAAACGGAUUGCAAGAUUAAAUGCAUCCGUAGUGACAAUGGUGGAGAGUAUACGAAUCAUCGCUUUCACAAGUACUGUGCAGAUCUAGGGAUUAUCCACCAGAGGAGCGUGCCGUACAAUCCUCAACAAAACGGCUUAGCAGAAAGGAUGAAUCGAACUCUUGGUUGA